AUGGAGCUCGCCACCAGCCGCGUUCCCUCCCCAACAGCUGCCCCGGAUUCCGAGAAGGGCAGCGCCGACAAGACCAAGCCCGAGGCGGCGUUACACCCGGCGGCUCGCACCCUCACCGGCCUGCGGUGGGCACUUGUGUGCAUCUCGCUCUACAUCUCCAUCUUCAUUUACGGUCUCGACACCACCAUCGCCGCCGACGUCCAGGGCUCCGUCGUCGAGGCCUUUGGCCACGUUGAACAGCUUGCCUGGGUUGGUGCUGGCUUCCCUCUCGGCUCCGUCUCCGUCAUUCUCCUUAAUGGAGUCAUGUACACGACCUUCAAUAUGAAAUGGAUGUACAUUGCCUCGCUUGGCCUAUUUGAAGUCGGCUCAGCCCUCUGCGGUGCCGCUCCCAACAUGGGGGCUCUGAUUGUUGGUCGCGUCCUCGCCGGUGCCGGUGGUAGCGGUGUCUUCAUGGGCUGCCUGAACUACUUCUCUAGCCUGACCACCCCUGAGGAGCGAGGCCUCUACAUCACCGGCACUGGCUUCUGCUGGGGCAUAGGCGCUGUCCUUGGUCCUGUUAUUGGGGGAUCCUUUGUCACCUCUAGCGCCACGUGGCGAUGGGCCUUCUACAUCAACCUAAUCAUCGCGGCCGCACUCUUUCCGGCCUAUCUCUUUGCCCUGCCGUCUUUCCAUCCCGUUACUACCGGCGUCUCAGUUAUGGACCGUGUUAAGAAGAUCGACGUCGUUGGCCUGUUCCUGGGUGCUGGCGUUUGGGUCUCCUUUACCAUGGCUUUCACUAUGGCCGGUGGCCAGUGGCCCUGGAGCGACGGCCGCACCAUUGGUACUAUUGUCGCCUUCGUCAUCACUCUGGUAGCUUUCGGCAUUCAGCAGACUUGGUGCAUCUUCACAACUCCCGACAGUCGAUCAUUCCCAGUCCACCUUCUCCGAUCCAGAUCGCAAAUACUCCUCUACAUCGGAACCGCUGCCAAUAUUACGUCUCUCUUCGUUAUUGUCUACUUCAUCCCCAUCUACUUUCAAUUCGUCCACAGCGACUCUGCUCUCCAGGCUGCCGUCCGCCUACUGCCAUUCGUCGUCGUCACCGUCGUUUUCAACCUCAGUGCCGGCCACCUGCUCUCCAAAGUCAAAUACUACAUGCCCAUCUACGUCGUGUCCGGUAUCUUCAUGACUCUCGGUAGCGCUCUGCUCACAGCCUACCUCGAUCCUGCCACACCUGCAAGCUACAUCUACGGCUUCACCUGCAUUACCGCUGUCGGGUCCGGUCUCACCCUGCAGAUUAGCUACGCCGUUGCGACCCUCAAGGCCCCAAAGCACAUGGGCGAUGCCCUGUCCCUCCAGAACGUGGCCCAAAUCGGCGGAAGUGUCAUUGCCCUCGUCAUUGCAGGCCAGGUCUUCCAGUCUGCCGCUAUCGGGAACCUCACCAAGGUUCUGGGUGGCACCGGCCACUACACCGAUGCGGAUAUCCGGAGUGCCGUUGCCGGCGCCCAGAGCCACCUCUUCGAGGAGCUGAGCGGAGACCUCAGGGACCAAGCCGUCCUGGCCAUCACCCAGGCCAUGCAGAGGUCCUUUAUCCUGGUCUGCGUCGGUGGCGGCGUCUUGACCAUCGCUGGCCUCUUGAUGAAGCGUGAGAAACUCUUUGGCGAAGUCCUCCAGGUCGGCGCAUAGGUUUUCAAUGGGGUUGUGUCACAUUUGAUUGAUGAUGACCGUUUCAUCCUUACAGUGUGGUGUACACAAAAAAUUGGGAGCUGUUUGGCUUUUCCUUUCCUUUCCUUUCCUUUCCUUUCCUUU